AUGACCGACGAUUUGCGCAACGGACAUGGCAUUCCAUUGCUACAUGUCAUGGCACCUUCGGCCCAACGACCCUUCGAAACGCCAUCCAAACGUAUCAACGAUGGCGACGACCUCUCUUUCUUCUUGCGGAGCUCAGCCUAUGCCGACAUCAUGACCUGGAUUCUUCAGUUGAACCGUUCUAUGAUACCCAUUAAGCGUGCAGACAACUCAAGUCUUGUCGAUACAUGGCCGUUGCAGUCAAAGAACAUUGUCCUUUCUCCCGACGUGGUCAAGUUGAACCAUUUCAUCCGCUCCCUCGAUGCUCUCAUGGAAAAAGCGCCUCCGGAGUCUGGACCUCGAAGAUUUGGCAAUGCUGCCUUCCGUACAUGGUACAAGGCUGUUCAAGAAGCCACACCAUCUCUUUUGCAAGACGCCCUCUCCGACAGGUUGUGGGGCCGUGCUCGGGACGACGCCGAGCUGAGCGCACUGAAUCACGAAUUGGCUACAUACCUUCUGGGUAGUUUUGGAAGCUCCGAAAGACUUGACUAUGGUACCGGCCACGAGCUGAGCUUCCUGGCAUUCUUGGCCUGUAUCUGGAAGCUGGGUGGCUUCGCCCACGCCGAUGCUNAUCUAGAUCUUGUUCGAAAGCUUAUCUUGACUUAUUCUCUUGAGCCUGCUGGUUCUCAUGGAGUUUGGGGACUUGACGACCAUUCGUUCAUACCCUACAUCCUAGGUUCUGCUCAAUACUGUGCACCCAUCGACGCCGACGCUACCAGAAUUCCUAAUGAGGGCUCUCUCUCGGGUUCGCCAUCGCCAAACCGCACCGCAAAGAGCGACUCGGCCGAAAUGUACAGGAACACCAAUAUGUACUUCUCUGCCAUUGCUUUCAUAUUCGACGUCAAGAAUGGCCCCUUCUGGGAGCACAGUCCUACUCUUUUCGAUAUAUCCGGUAUCAAGGACGGAUGGGCCAAGAUCAACAAGGUCAGACGCUAUGCGCAUGCUGAUACCAGUGUGGUCUUGCUAACAGAUCAGCAGGGGAUGAUCAAGAUGUACAACGCUGAAGUUCUGUCCAAGUUCCCAGUUGUCCAGCACUUCCCUUUCGGUUCACUCUUUCGAUGGGAGCAAGAUCCUAGUGCUCCGAUGCCCGCCACGUCUGCUCAUAUGGGCUCUCAACCAAGGCCAUCGAACUCGUCCAAUCUCACAAACGUAAGCUUUUCGCAGCCAUCAACGCGAGCACCGUGGCCGAGCACAGCAGUACCCAUGUCGGCAAUGCCUGUCACAGGAGCGCCAUGGGCAGCGAACGGACCAUCAUCUGCAGCGAAUGUCGCAAGAGCACCAUGGCCAAGAGCCCUCCAGGAUCUAAUCGACCAGCGUGACGAGACGUCGCAGACCAUCAGACGACGC